AUGUGGCUCAAGGAAAGAAAGCGAGAAGAGGAAACACGGAAGCAAGAGGAAGAUCCAGAACAAGUUGCAGCCGACGAAGCCGCGGCUGCGAAAUACGACCACAUCGCCGACGCGGCGGACAACGGCGACCUCCCGGCCGUCCGGGGCCACCUGCGCCGCGACGAAAGCUGCCUGGACCCACUCUUCGAGGGCUCGGCAGCGCUGCACUGGGCAGCAAGCCGCGACCACCCGGCGAUCGUGGCGUUCCUCGUGGCGAAGGGCGCCGCCGUGGACGUCCUGAGCGGCGACGGCCUCGGCCGUCGUUCCACUCCGCUGCAUGGUGCAGCAGCCGGCGGCCGCGCGGAGUGCGCCCAGCUGCUGCUGGCAGCAAAGGCCUCCGUGGAAAUCAAGGACCGCGACGGCAAAACGCCUUUGGAUCUCGCAAGAGAGGAGGAUGAAACAGAAAUGGUGAGCUUGCUGAUGGGCAAGGCAUGA